ACAUGCAUGAUUUAUGCUAUAGUCCUCGUUUUAUUACUUCUAAAUCAAUAAUGGAGAGACAUGAAGUGAUAUUUCCUAUCUCAUCUUCAAAAGAUGCUUCUCCUAUUGAUGUUAAACCCGGUAAUGCCUCUAAUAUUCAUGCUAAAAAGGCAGAAUUAUUUCUGAAAACUAUAAGGAAGGAGACAUCAAAGCAGAAAGGAGGCAAAGAAAUCAUGAAGCAUAGAUAUGUAUUUCAAACAAGGAGUCAGAUUGAUAUACUAGACGAUGGGUUCCGAUGGAGAAAGUAUGGCGAAAAGUCGGUGAAAAACAACAAAUUUCCUAGAAGUUACUACAAAUGCACUUAUCGAGGCUGCAAUGUAAAGAAACAAAUCCAAAGGCAUUCCAAAGAGGAGCAGAUUGUGGAAACAACGUACGAAGGAGUGCAUAUUCACCCUGUCGAGAAGUCAACUGAAAGCUUCGACCAGAUCUUGAGAAACUUUAUUACAAGCAAUCAACUAUAUAAUGUAACUGCAAUGUAACAUCCCAAUGAUGGUAAAUUGCCAUUGAUGAAUGAUGAGUAACAAUCUCGGUACAUAUUCCCAUUUAGGUUCUAAAUGUAACAUGUAAGAACUAGCUAUAAACAUAACAUAAUAAUAAUAAUGUUUCAAAUUAGCUAUUUGAAUUCCAUAAUUGUGUUUUAUUGAGAAAAUAACGUUCCACGGCUCUGAUGUGUAUGUAAUAUCUCAUUUUACA